AUGAGCCCUGCAAAGUUUGAUGAAGGUGAACAGACUAGAAUGGUGAUCAAUGGUCCACGUCCAUCGCCAUUGAAGAUCAACAAGGAUUCUCAUGUUAUUCAAAAGCCAUCAUCUUCGUUGCUGCCGAUUAACAUUAAUUCUGGUCAAGCUGCGGCUGCCAUAAAGCAGCAAAACCCCAUUGCAAAUCAUCAACUGAGAAAACCAGUAAUCAUUUAUACCCAUUCUCCGAAGAUCAUCCACACGAAGGCUAGAGAUUUCAUGUCAUUGGUGCAAAAACUCACUGGUCUUUCGCGAUCUGAAGAUGAAACUGCACAAGGUGAUGAUCAUCAUCAUCAGAAGAACAAUCAUCAACCGAAGCGUAGUUACGACAUGAAACCUCCUUUGAGUCGCGAUGAGAACGAGUCGUCUUCGGAUAUUACUGAUGAGAAAUAUUGUGUUGGGGUUGGGGGUAAGGCUGAUGGCAGAGAGGAGAACACAUCUUCAACCUCUCCAAUAUUCAAAUUUCCUAGUAAUAACAAUUCAUUCUUGGCUGAUAUACCUCUCUUCACCCCGAAUUCGAGUGAUUUCUUUAGCUCACCCAGGCCUAAUUUCAGAUUCCUUGAGACAAACAUAUCACCAAACUGGAGUAAUAUGAUACCACCUUCUUUUCUGGAGGUCAUGAAAGACCUCCCAGAAUAUUGA